GCCGCCUCGCGCGCCUGGCUGGGCCCUGCGGAGCGGGAGGGACGGAGUGGAGGAGCGAGCCGAGUGGCCGUCUCCCGAGUUCAGCCGUGUCGCCCGCCAGCCCGCGCUCCAGUCCGCCGUGUCUAGCAGCGGGGCCCAGCAUGGUCAUGGCGGAUGGUCCGAGGCACUUGCAGCGCGGGCCGGUCCGGGUGGGGUUCUACGACAUCGAGGGCACGCUGGGCAAGGGCAACUUCGCCGUUGUGAAGCUGGGGCGGCACCGGAUCACCAAGACGGAGGUGGCGAUAAAAAUUAUAGAUAAAUCUCAGCUGGAUGCAGUGAACCUUGAGAAAAUCUACCGAGAGGUACAAAUAAUGAAAAUGUUAGACCACCCUCACAUAAUCAAACUUUAUCAGGUAAUGGAGACCAAAAAUAUGUUGUACCUUGUGACAGAAUAUGCCAAAAAUGGAGAAAUAUUUGACUAUCUUGCUAAUCAUGGCCGGUUAAAUGAGUCUGAGGCCAGGCGCAAAUUCUGGCAAAUCCUGUCUGCUGUUGAUUAUUGUCACGGUCGGAAGAUUGUGCACCGUGACCUCAAGGCUGAAAAUCUCCUGCUGGAUAACAACAUGAAUAUCAAAAUAGCAGAUUUCGGUUUUGGAAAUUUCUUUAAAAAUGGUGAACUGCUGGCAACAUGGUGUGGCAGCCCCCCUUAUGCAGCCCCUGAAGUCUUUGAAGGGCAGCAGUAUGAAGGACCACAGCUGGAUAUUUGGAGCAUGGGAGUUGUUCUUUAUGUACUUGUCUGUGGAGCUCUACCUUUUGAUGGACCGACUCUUCCUAUUUUGAGGCAAAGGGUUUUGGAAGGAAGAUUCCGGAUUCCAUAUUUUAUGUCAGAAGAUUGCGAGCACCUUAUUCGAAGGAUGUUGGUUCUAGACCCGUCCAAGCGGCUAACCAUAGCCCAAAUCAAAGAGCAUAAGUGGAUGCUUGUAGAAGUUCCGGUACAGAGACCUGUUCUCUAUCCACAAGGGCAAGAAAAUGAGCCAUCCAUUGGGGAGUUUAAUGAACAGGUUCUGCGACUGAUGCACAGCCUUGGAAUAGAUCAACAGAAAACCAUUGAGUCUUUGCAGAACAAGAGCUACAAUCACUUUGCUGCCAUUUAUUACUUAUUGGUGGAGCGCCUGAAAUCACAUAGGAGCAGUUUUCCUGUGGAGCAGAGACUCGAUGCCCGGCAGCGUCGGCCCAGCACCAUUGCUGAACAAACAGUUGCCAAGGCACAAACUGUGGGGCUCCCAGUAGCCAUGCAUUCACCGAACAUGCGACUGAUGCGAUCUGCCCUCCUCCCACAGGCAUCCAAUGUGGAGGCCUUUUCAUUUCCAGCAUCGGGCUGUCAGGGGGAAGCAGCAUUUAUGGAAGAAGAGUGUGUCGACACUCCAAAGGUAAAUGGCUGUCUGCUGGACCCUGUGCCUCCUGUCCUGGCGAGGAAGGGAUGCCAGUCACUGCCCAGCAACAUGAUGGAGACCUCCAUCGAUGAAGGGUUGGAGGCAGAAGGAGAGGCUGAGGAAGACCCCAGUCAAGCCUUUGAUGCAUUCCAGUCCACACGCAGUGGGCAGAGGCGGCACACUCUGUCAGAAGUGACCAAUCAGCUGGUCAUGAUGCCUGGUUCAGGGAAAAUUUUCUCCAUGAGUGACAACCCCUCCCUUGACAGUGUGGACUCUGAGUAUGAUAUGGGGUCUGUUCAGAGGGACCUGAACUUUCUGGAGGACAACCCUUCCCUUAAGGACAUCAUGUUAGCCAACCAGCCCUCACCUCGCAUGACAUCUCCCUUCAUAAGCCUGAGACCUGCCAACCCAGCCAUGCAGGCGCUGAGUUCCCAGAAACGAGAGGCCCACAAUAGGUCACCAGUGAGCUUCAGAGAGGGCCGCAGGGCAUCAGAUACCUCCCUCACCCAAGGAAUUGUGGCUUUUAGACAGCAUCUUCAGAAUCUGGCUAGAACCAAAGGAAUCCUAGAGUUGAACAAAGUGCAGUUGCUGUAUGAACAAAUGGGGCCAGAGGCAGACCCUAACUUGGCAUCAGCUGCUCCUCAGCUCCAAGACCUUGCUAGUAGUUGCCCUCAGGAGGAAGUUUCGCAGCAGCAGAAAAGCGUCCCUGCGCUCCCCAGCAGUGUGCAUCCUCAGCUGUCCCAGCGGCAAAGCCUGGAAGCCCAGUACCUCCAGCACAGGCUCCAGAAGCCCAGCCUUCUGUCGAAAGCCCAGAACACCUGUCCACUGUAUUGUAAAGAACCACCGCGGAGCCUUGAACAGCAGCUGCAGGAACACAGACUCCAACAGAAGCGACUCUUCCUCCAGAAGCAGUCUCAGCUGCAGGCAUAUUUUAAUCAGAUGCAGAUAGCAGAGAGCUCGUACCCACAGCCGAGUCAGCAGCUGCCCCUUUCCCACCAGGAGACACCGCCGCCAUCACAGCAGCCACCGCCAUUCAGCCUGACCCAGCCCCUGAGCCCCGUCUUGGAGCCUACUUCUGAGCAAAUGCAAUACAGCCCCUUCCUCAGCCAGUACCAGGAGAUGCAGCUGCAGUCCCUGCCCUCCUCGCCAGGCCCCCAGGCCCACCUACAGCAGCAGCAGCCGCCGCCACCACCGCCGCCGCCGCCACCACCACAGCAGUCGGGAGCUGCCCCAGCGUCCUUACAGUUCUCCUAUCAGACUUGUGAGCUGCCAGGCACUGCCUCCCCUGAGCCAGACUAUCCCGCUCCCUGUCAGUAUCCCAUGGACGGAGCCCAGCAGAGUGGCAUAGCAGCGCCGGACUGUCCCAGGAGCUCGGGACUGCAGGAGGCCCCCUCCAGCUACGACCCUCUAGCCCUCUCUGAGUUCCCUGGACUCUUCGAUUGUGAAAUGCUGGAGGCUGUGGACCCACAGCACAGUGGCUAUGUCCUGGUGAAUUAACUUCAGCACAGGAAGUG